UGGUCGGACACACGAACGCACACGGACCCACUCAAGGCCCGAACCCCUCUGCUGCGCUGCGUCCUCCUCUUCCUCCCUCCCCAUGGCGCCCAGGGUUUUAAUGGUGGCGGAGAAGCCCAGCAUCGCGCUCUCCAUCGCCUCCGCCCUCUCCGGCGGCCGCAUGUCUACACGCAAGGGAAGUACCGACGUCCACGAGUUUGAUGGGAUGUUUCAGGGAUCUCAUGCAUCUUUCAGAGUGACGUCAGUCAUUGGACAUGUCUUCAGUGUUGAUUUUCCACCUGCAUAUCAGAACUGGGAAGGGACUGAUCCCAUGGACCUUUUUAAUGCUCCAGUUCUGAGAUCUGAGUGCAACCCAAAGGUUCAUAUCCAAAGGCAUCUAGCCCAGGAAGCUCGAGGCUGCACCUAUUUGAUACUUUGGCUUGACUGUGAUCGAGAAGGAGAAAACAUAUGUUUUGAAGUAAUUAGUUGCACCGGGAUUCCUGAAAAUGAGGUUGGCAGAAGAAUAUUUCGAGCUAAAUUUUCAUCUGUUACUGAGAAAGACAUAUCAAAUGCUAUGGAUAAUCUUGUCUUGCCAAACAAAGACGAGGCACUGUCAGUGGAGGCUCGACAAGAAAUAGACUUGAAAGUAGGAGUAGCGUUUACUCGAUUUCAGACCAGAUAUUUUCAAGGAAAAUACGGCAAUCUCGACUCAAGAGUUAUUUCGUAUGGUCCCUGUCAAACACCUACACUUGGAUUCUGUGUACAGCGCUAUCAGCAAAUUAACACAUUCAAACCAGAGAAAUUCUGGUCUUUGAGAACUUGCAUUAUCAAAGACGGUGAUGAAAUACAGCUAGAAUGGGACAGGAAGAAACUUUUUGAUUUUGAUGUCACUGUAAUGUUCCAAAAGAUGGUAGCCAGUGAUGGAGCUCUAAAAAUAACAGAUAUAUCAGUGAAGGAAGAGUGCAAAGCCCGCCCAUCUGGUCUUAAUACAGUGAAUUUGCUAAAGGUUGCAUCAAGUGCGUUAGGCAUUGGACCCCAGACAGCCAUGCACUUGGCCGAACGACUUUACAUUCAAGGAUACAUCAGUUAUCCUCGUACAGAGAGCACUGCCUAUCCUGCGUCAUUUGAUUUUAAAAGUGUACUGUCUGCACUAGCACAUAAUCCUUUGUGGUCCAAUAACGUCCGGGCAUUGGAUGCUGGUUUUGUUAAGCCUCGUCAAGGUCAUGAUGUUGGGGAUCAUCCCCCAAUUACUCCAAUGAGAUUAGCACCAGAAGAAGCUUUGAAAACUGAUGCAUGGAGGCUGUACCAGUACAUAUGCCAGCAUUUUAUUGGCACUGUCAGUCCUGAUUGUAAAUAUACAAGGACUGCAGUUGAGUUCACUUCAGGUGGAGAGAUUUUCCGUUGUGUUGGUCACCGAGUCACGUCCAAAGGUUUUACAUCUAUUAUGCCAUGGCUUGCUGUGGGUGAGAAUAUUCUUCCAACGUUCAAAAAAGGAGACACAAUUAGCAUUCAUAAGGUUGACAUACAUGAGGGAAGCACCACAGCUCCUGAUUAUCUUAGCGAGAGUGAGUUGAUUUCUCUCAUGGAGAAGAAUGGCAUAGGCACAGACGCAUCAAUUCCUGUGCAUAUAAACAACAUUUCCGAGCGUAAUUAUGUCCAGGUAAAUUCUGGAAGAAGAUUAGUACCUACAGCCCUGGGAACUACCCUGAUAAGAGGAUAUCAGUGUAUUGAUGCUGAUCUCUGCUUGCCAGAUAUCCGAAGCUUUAUUGAGCAACAGAUUACUCUAAUUGCAAAAGGCAAAGCGGACGAUCUUCAAGUUGUUCAGCAUGUUCUUCAACAGUUUAUGAGAAAGUACUCUUAUUUUGUGAAGAAGAUUGAAAACAUGGAUGCUUUGUUUGAAGCACAAUUUUCACCUCUGGCAGACUCUGGGCGUCUAUUGAGCAAGUGCGGAAAAUGUGGUCGGUAUAUGAAAUAUAUUUCCACUCAGCCAAUGAGGAUGUAUUGUGUAACUUGUGAGGAGGUCUAUUAUCUUCCCCAGAAUGGUUCCAUUAAGCUUUACAAGGAAAUUAUUUGCCCUCUUGAUGGUUUUGAGUUGCUUCUGUUCUCGAUGGUGGGCCCUGAUGCAAAAUCUUUUCCACUAUGCCCCUGUUGCUAUAAUAGUCCUCCAUUCGAAGGCAUCGACAAACUUUUCGGGGCACUCAAGCUUGAUGAUACUGGCAAGGUUGGGAAAGGGGCUGGCAUGCCGUGCUUCCUUUGCCCGCACCCGACAUGCAAACAAUCAAUGAUCACUCAAGGAGUCUGUGCUUGUCCAGAGUGUAGCGGUACACUAAUUCUUGAUCCAGUCAGUGCACCGAAAUGGCGGCUUCUCUGCAACACGUGUAACUGCGUCGUGUUGCUCCCACAUGCCGCUCACAGAAUCACCACCACAGAUAAGAAGUGCCCGACGUGUGAGUCAACUAUCAUCGAAGUUGACUUCAACAAGAAAGCUACCCCUCUUGAAGAUGGAGCUACUUUGCAUGAGGGUUGCAUCUUGUGUGAUGAGCUGUUACAUUCGCUCGUUGAGAUGAAGCAUGGGAAGUCAUUCUUCAUGCGGAGAGGCAGAGGCAGAGGUAGGGGUAGAGGCCGAGGGAGAGGCAGACGGGGCAGGGGAAGACAUGAUGACCCUAAGAUGAGCUUCAGAGAUUUCUGAAUUCCUUUUUUAACUUUGACCUGUAAUCCUACUCUGUAAGUACAUUUACUCCUAGAUUGGAACAUUUCGGUUUCAUAUUCAUACAGUGUUAUCAUGUUGCUUCUAGCAAAGAUUGUAUGUAUAGUUCAUUUUGUAGAAGAAAUGCAGGGAUCAGUUAUGCUUUUCUGAUCACUUGUUCAGAAAAUGUAUGCGCUUCAGAAUGUAGAAACCGAAAUGCAAAUGUCAUGCUUAUGCAGGAAUGUUCUCAACUAAA